CAUGGUUGUCCUCGGAAAACAUCUCGGCAGGCUAAUCUGCGAUUAAUUAAUGCAGAAACGACGUUUUAUAUUUUUAGACCAACUUAAGUCUGGUUUGUCUAAACUCUGAUAGCCACGUUUCAUAGAAGCUGGAUUUUAAUUCCAAAAAUACACAACCACGUCACGAAUACAGCUUAAUGAUUACAGCGAUGAGUGUCUUUGCAUGGCGGUUUUACGCUGUUGCAAUUCCACAUUCGCAUAUUCUUUUGACCGAAUCUUGUCAAAUGUUUAAAACAUAAAGUGUUUAGUUACUCUACGCGAAUUGCGUAGCUGUUGAUUUAAAGCUACGGUCACGCAGAAUGCGUGGGUUGCGUCAGGAUCUGCACAUUUUUGGAGUCAGAUUCCCGGUUAGCGGAAAUGGAUUGACUCGGAGAAAAAGUGCAAACGGGAUUAAAGGGCGUUGUUUUUUUGGGGGGAAAUAACGGUGCACGUCUUUGCUCCUAAUAAUCGGACAUUAUAUAUUGCUUGGGAUCUUUCAUUUGGAGAAGGUCUCUGGACAUUUGCUCACCAUGGAUGAGUUUGACCGCUUAUCCGCGACCGAUCAGCCCCAAGACAGCGUCCCAGAGGGACCACUUGUGGUCGUCACCUUCCAAAAGGAUCCUCAUCAAAUUCAUAAGUACUUGGAGUCCGAGCCCAAAGCUCUCGGGAUCUCCGAGAUCUUGUUCAGCUUGUUUCAGAUAAGCCUGUGUAUCAUCACCCUUAAGUUCGACGUCAGCCAGCAGCAUUCAGACUACGCAGUCAUCGUCGGCUCCGUUUUUGUCAUGAUUGCUGGGGUUAUGGCCAUCGCAGCCACGAAUCUACAUCUGCCCACAGUGAAGGCCUGCCUGGGCCUGCAGGUGCUGGCCUGUUUGGCGUCCAUCAGCAACAUGUUCGUCUGCGCCAGCAAGAUGACAUUUGCCGUGGGACCACAGUUCUGCUGGAUGCACGAGCACAACUCAACCAUCAGCAGGAUUUGUCAGAUGAUGAGUGAUGCCUACGAGCACCACCAGACAAACAGCUUCCUGGUGAACACAGCUCUCGUGGCCAUCAGCGCUACUUUGGCUGCCUACUGCUGCAAGGUAGUGGACUGCUGCUGCCCCAAAUCAAAAAUGCCGGUGAUCACCAUCAACAACACACCUCAGGCUCAGCAGUAAUGAAGAACAUCAGGCUGAACCAGGACAGAGCUCAUGGAAAAGGUGGCUUUGUGCAACAUCUGAGCGCUCCUGGACACGGUGGGAUGCUAACCCAAGAAAAACAGUGUCGCUGGACCAUCUCAGCCAUGUCAUGGGCAUCGUUCACUCUGCUAAUCUUGCUACCUAGUUACCUAAUACCUCCUCACGUAACCUUCAUGUAUUCUAACUAAUCUACUUUAACCAUUUGACCAACCACUAACAUCACAUAAGUAUAAUGAAAUCAGUUAUUAUGGUACGUACUUAACUAACUCUUAAUUAUAAUAAGGGUGCAUGAGUAACACCAAUGACUUCUUACAUAAUGAAACCAGCAUCAAAACGUUUACAUUGGUAACAGCAUACUGUGAUACAGGGAAAUAUACUGCUUCAUUCUUAACUAAUAAAAUGCUGUAUCUGCCAACUCCCAGCUUUUCCUUAAAUGCCAAUGUGGGACUUCAGCAUUAUACAACAGAGUUAGCGGGGUAGCUCUGUCACAUGCUGCUCUAACCUCGGUACAGGUUCCUAGUCUGUUACACAAUCAUAAUCCCCCCGCAUUGUAAGGGUUUCAAAGGCUCUUUUCCCACUUCACAAAUGUGAGCUUUUAUUGCAAAGAAAGGCAGAGAUAAAAUUGUGAAAAGCAGCAUCCAGGUUCCAGGGAUGGGAACAAGUCAAGGAAUGUCAAGUUUCGAGCCAAAAUAUUGCAGAUUGAGUCAAGUCUUCAGUCAUUUGCCCCCAAGUCGAGUAAAAGUAUUUCCAUCGUUUUUUGCUGUCGAGUCACAAGCCGGGGGCGGCAUGGUGGUGCAGUGGUUAGCAUUGGGGGUGGCACGGUGGUGCAGUGGUUAGCACUGUUGCCUCACACCUCUGGGACCCGGGUUUGAGUCUCCGCCUGGGUCACAUGUGUGAGGAGUUUGCAUGUUCUCCCCAUGUCGUCGUGGGGUUUCCUCCGGGUACUCCGGUUUCCCCCCACAGUCCAAAAACAUGCUGAGGCUAAUUGGAGUCGCUAAAUUGCCCAUAGGAAUGCGUGUGUGAGUGAAUGGUGUGUGAGUGUGCCCUGCGAUGGGCUGGCCCCCCAUCCUGGGUUGUUCCCUGCCUCGUGCCCAUUGCUUCCGGGAUAGGCUCCAGACCCUCCGCGGCCCAGUAGGAUAAGCGGUUUGGAAAAUGGGUGGAUGGAUGGAGUCACAAGUCAUGAAAUUUGUGCCUCGAAUCCAAGUCAAGUUGUGAGUCCUUACCUACGUCAGUGUAUUUUAACCUUUAGUAAUUAAAACUAGCUGCAGUAAAACUCGACAACGGUACAUCAUAGGAUACAUGGUUUGUAGGCAGAGAUAAGAGUGUCCGCUCAAGGUCGUCCUCACACAGUUUUACGUCCAUGUCUAUGUAGAGAAUGAUGCAUCUUUCCGACAUUCCAACAAACCCUCAGGAGACCUUGCAUUCAGCCAACUGAAAAUGCAGACAGCAAGGAAUUAAUGUACAUUGAAAUUUUAAAAUGAACAUUAUGGUGCCCAGAAGGGGACUAUAACCUCAAGUCUUCUCAAGUCAUAAGGUCUAAGUCAGGUCCAAAUCAAGAGUGUUUGCCCUUCAGUCCAAGUCGAGUCCAAGUCUUUCCAUCAGUUUGCCGAGUCGAAUCGCAAGUCAUCAAAAUUGUGACUCGAGUUCCCACCUCUGCCAGGUUUUCUCCUUACACAGUGGAGCUUAAGACACAGAUUCUGUCUAGAAUGCAUCUUCAGGGUGAUAAAGUCAGUUACGGACAGUGGUGCAUUUUAUAGAAAUACAAACCUGUGAUCUGAAUUUUUUGCAUUGUUUUCCGGCUGUCAGCAUCUUAUGCAAAGGGAAUGUAAUAAAUGCAUUUAUUCUCUGUAA